AUAUAUAUCUGGCUCUUUCCCUCCUCCAUCAAUCUCCUAAAUUCCAAUGAGGUCACUGCGAUGAGCAAGAACAAGAUAAAAAGAGGAGAGGAAGAAGAGGGUGAAGGUGAGAAGGAGGAAGGAGAAGAAGAAGGAAGAGAGACAAGAAAGGGGCCAUCAGACAAGGUCGACUUUUUCUGAGACACAGCAAAUGUGAGGAGUGUGGUGCUGAAUGUAAUCUGCCUGAAUGAGAGACAGAAGCGGAGAGAGAAGGACUAAGCCACUUUUCUAUUACGACAGUAACAAAGGAAGAGGAGGCAGAGAGGAAGCAGAGAGAAGGGAGCGAGCCCUCCCACUCGCCGCCCCCUCCCCCAGAACACAAAACCCCUGAGCUCAGAAGAAGAAUCAAGGGAGCCCGAAGUGCUGGGAGACACAGAACAGCCAAGAGAAAAAGCCAGCUAACAAGAGUGGGGGCGUGCAGGUUUCCUGCAGGGACUUCUUCGGACGCAGCAGCACCUUGGACAGCGCCCGGGUGAGCGCAUCCCUGACAAAAAGACUAAGCAGAAGCUGCCAUCAGCUUGAGAAGGGGCUACUUUUGCAGCAUCCCCCCUCUCCGUUUCCUUCGUCCACUUCAGCUUGACUCCAACCCUGGAGCAGAAGAAAAUCCUUUGUCCUUCGGCACUUUGAACGUGCCAAGAGGUGCCUUGGGUGCUUUGGCCCCGUCUAAAGAAGCUCGCCUCUUGUCUCUGGGACCAGCAUACUUGCUGUAAAAUGCUGAACUGGUGAAGAAAGGGGGGAAAAAGUUUUGGGGGAUGUAAUAGGGGAGAGAAGGGAGCGCACGGGGAAAGCGGAAGACCGAAGGUGGAUGGUUUGUUUCCCGGGCUGAUCUGGAAGGAAUGAUGACCGAGGGAGGAUGUGCACCAGCGGCCAGAUCAUUGGGAGCCUGCUGGUGCUCUCUGUGCUGGAGAUAGGACUGGGGGCGUCCAGCGUGGCCGUGGGGGCAGUUAGCUUCAGCCUGGCCCUCAGAGAGCACCAGCCGCAGCUUGGAGACUCCUCUCCGUUUCUGCUUUGCGGCAUUUGUGGAAUUCUGUGCGCCAAAAAAAAGUCCGGACUUGUCAUGAUCCUUUUUUCGGCUUGCUGCAUCUGUGGGCUAAUUGGCGGCAUCUUGAACUUCCAGUUCCUCCGAGCAGUCACCAAGAAGACAUCCUCCCUAUAUCCACUGCGCCUGGCUUCCAUGUCUCUUGCCUGCAUUGGCAUUGGGGGCUGUACCCUUUCCUCUUGGCUUACUUGCCGCCUGGCGAGCUACGAACAAAGGCGAAUGUUCUCUGAACGAGAGCAUUCCUUGCACCAUUCCCACGAAAUGGCAGAAAAAAGAUUGAGGGCUAUUGAAAUAACCGACUUGCCCAGCUGCCCGGUGGUGCCCCCGACACCAGAGUUACCUACAAGGAAAUGACAGACAAUAUGAGCAACGGAGGGCCUCAACUAAUAUUUAAUGGAAGAGUAUAAAACAUUUUUAAAACAUUGAUUUUUUUUCUUUCUUUCGGAUUUCCAUCAGGAAAGGAUAUACCAAAGGACGCCUCCAAUAUGGAAACACUGUUGGCUUUUACUGCCAGGUUUCUGAAGUUAUAAAACUUCCUGGCAUUCCCUCUUGAAUUUUCACUAACAUUUCUCUUCCUGGAUUUGGCCACAUGUAUCUCUCCAUUUCUUUCUAUUGGGCUCACAACUUUUCAAGAGUGUUCUCAUGAGGGCUUUCAUGUCAGCUUUUCAUACUACUCUCAUGAAGACUUUUUGGAAGAAGGAAUACGUGAAAUAAAAGCUGGCUCCAAUAUGGCCCAAGACAUACUUUGACUAGCAUGUGAAGUAGACAAGGGAGAGAGAAAGGUGGAGAUUGUCUACAUUUAAGUCUCAAUGUACAAAUUAAAAGAAUGCCCAUCUCCUGAUGAUAUUUCUCUUCUGAACAAUGAAAGGCUGCCAGGUCACCAUGAUUCAAAAUCUCAGCCAUGCCUUGUUGUAAAAAACAAAACAAAUUGUAAAUAUUUCCAAUUUGUGGAUUUAUCAUAUUUCAUAAUUUAUUCAUAAAAUAAGAUAAAUAAAACAAACCCUAAAUUAGAGGUAAAGUGAUUUUUUUUCUUUUCUUAAAGAAUACUAGUCAGCAUGAUAGCCUUAAAUUGUUUGUGCAAUGGUGGGAGAGUUUGCCAAAUAAGCAGGAUUUUCCAAAACCUACAUUGUCUUUCAUCAGACUGUACAGGAGAAUCUGUAGGCCCAUAAACAAUGUCUCUGACUAUAGAUAAGUAUGUGUACAUAUAUACUGUAAAUACAGAAAAAUAUAUAGCAUAUAUUUAUAAUAUACCUGUAUGUAAAUAGGAAUGGGGAAACAUGGAGAAGACCCUGUCCUCCCCAAUUUGUGAUGGGAGUUAGCUAGUUCUUCCUACAAUGUUUUCAGAGAUUACACAUCUUUGAAUUAAUUUUCAUGUGGAUGCUUUCCUUUUCCUCCUUGUACCCAUCUGGUGGAUGUAAAUAUUGUAUCUGGUGUCAGGUGGUGAGGAGGGAGUUGUUGAACAAGAUGAUAAAGCAAGAAGGAAAAUCAUAGAGGGACUGGACCUUCUUAGACUGGUUUGUGAAACAGAUUUUUAUGCCAUGUUAUCCAUUAUGAAAUAUUCCAUAUGCACAUCACCCAUAUUUAAACUGGGUACCCACAUAUUUACUUUGAUGGGCAUAAAGACUUUGACUGAAGUCAUUUUAAAUCCUUUAUAGCCAAACUCAGGCAGGUGGAUGAUAGGUGAUCUGGACCCGAAUAAUGAAAUUCAAAUUUUUGCUGGAUUUCCUUUAACAAAAAAAAUCACAACUUCUCAUAGGCAAGAGAGUAUUGAUGCUAACCAGAAAGCAUAUACUCUGUGACCCCAAAAGGGACCUCAGUUGGAGGAAGAGAGAAAAUGUAUAAAAACUAUUCAUGUUUGAGACUUGAACUAAUGCUGGGUGAUUGUGGUAGAGGCAAGAAAUGGCCAUCAUCUUGGGAAAUAAAUGUAUUGUCUUCAUAUGACUUAAUAUUGUAUGAAGUCCUUCCUCACAUAAUCUAAUGAUAGCCUCACCACAACCUUAUAAAUCAGGCAAAAUGGGUAUUUUUCCCAUAUAAAAAGAAAUGGAUUGACUUACUCUAAAUUAAGUGACACAGCUUGUAUAUGGUUGAGGUGGAAUUAGAAUCUGGCUCUUUUUGAGGGCUCUUCCCAUGUGUUUUCCAUUGUGUUAUUGCUAUUUCCAUUCUGUUACAAGGAAAUAGAAUUUGUGGCGACCACUAAGGAAACUCAUUUUAGAUUUGUGAAAAUUCCCCGAAUCAGAUAUUUAUGUCAAGGACUAAAGGUAAGAAAGAACAACUUAAACCUUGCAAAAGAAAUGACCUCGGUUGGAGUUAUCAUUCUCUUCUUUAUAUUGAACUACCUUACUGUGGAUUGGAUCAACUCUAAAAUACUAGAGAAGGGACAGAUUUCUGUCUUAGAACCUCACUAUUAGCUUUAUGUAGGGGAAAGGGUCCAGAAUGUCAGCUAAUGGAAAGUGAGAUUCUGCUGUUGAGCUGCUUACCAACCAACCAUCCCUUCCCAGUGUUUGGAAACCACUGAAUCAAAAGGUUUGUUGAAUACCUCUGCAUGUCUCUCUGAACAAACAUUGGCUCCUAGACUGUUUGGUGCUGUUUUUCCUUUUCUUCUUUAAUUUUCCUCUUCUUACUAAAUGCCUUGCCAGCUGAUCUGUAGCUCUACAUUAUCAAUCCAAUUAAUCCCAGAAGUCUUGCACUCAUCCUGUGAAAAAUACUGAACUAAUAAUGGGAUUCAGGAGAUCAUCUGUGCACGAAAGGCCUUUAGCAUUGAAAAUCUCAGCUCUAAAGUGGUUCUUCUGUGCUCCUACUCUCAAAAAACCUAUUUACUUGGAAGCUUAUUUUUUUAAAUAAAAGAAUAAACACCAGAUGCAACUUUGCUUGGUGUUUCUUCCUUUGUGGCCGGGUUGGUACAAUAUAGAGUUGUAACCUAUUUGUCCCAGAACUGUUCUUUGGGUAAUAUAUUUCUGCCCCUUGAAGAUUUUACAAAAUCCAAAGUUAAAAGGCUUUUUUGUGGCAUAUUGACUGACUAUUGUUCCUUUUUCCCCCUUAGAUGUCGUGAGGCUCUAAAAACCAUAAUAAUUAAGAAAAAGAGCCACCAGCAUAAGCUUGAUGAUGUAUCCAUUUAUCUCUUUUCAAAAGCAAUUAUUGUAAGUUUAAAGAAAAAAGUUUCAGAGCUGAAAUCACAUUGAGGUUUAAAUGGAUUCUUUUCUGAUCUCAUUCCCGAGAAGGGAAAGAACUUUGGGAAGGCGUCACCAAUCCAUGCCUGCAUGCUUGGAAAUUUAAUUUUCAUCACACAUUAAAUUAAGAGCUAUAAUUUUAUAAGUGACUGCUUUCAAGAGUUGGCAUGAGCCAGUGCCCUUAGGGGUACUGUAAUGGAAGACCUCAUGCCCAACUGUCAGGGAGGCUGGUGUAGUGCUGGGAUAAAGAGUCCAGCCAUCCUAGGAGGGGAAUAUCCUGCCAGAAGCCUCAGAGAGAGAAGGGGGAGUCUGCCUGGAAUAGGGAGCAAUCAAUCGGGCUGUGGUCAACAAGGGGAACAUUUGACAGAAGAUUUGGUCCUGUGACUGUGCUGAUGUGUGUCUCUUUAAUAAAUGAGGCGUGUUUUUGAA